CAAGCACUGGAACAGCAGGCCCAGGGAACCAUGCUCAAAGUCCUCACCUCCUUUAAGAGCAGUGAAAUAGAACAAGCGGUGAAUUCCUUAGACAGGAACGGCGUGGACUUGUUAAUGAAGUACAUUUAUAAAGGAUUUGAGAAGCCGUCAGAAAACAGCAGCGCAAUAUUGCUUCAGUGGCAUGAAAAGGCACUAGCAGUAGGUGGAUUAGGUUCCAUAGUCAGAGUUCUUACAGCAAGAAAGACUGUUUAA